GCACAAUCGAAGACUUAUUACGAUAACUAGAUGCUACAGUCAUUGUUAUUUUAUUCCAACGUAGCACGGAUGUUAAAACAUAUGCAGCAAGUUUACAUCGUAGGUCGCAACUAUCAAACAAGUGUGCCACCGAACUAACACUGAAAUAUGCAUGCGGCAAGCGAACAGAUGGAAAGUGAUAUGGGUGAGGCGGAUCCAGCAUUUAAAAAGGCACGUGAGGAGUAUAGCGAGAUCGGCUAUUCUCCCACCCUUACAAAGGAACAGUUGAAGAUGACCAUUUUGUUGAGGCGCGUGUCUGAGGGGAAAGAUGAGCCGGAAAUUGAAAAAACUCGGGACAUUAAACACCCACUUUCAAAAGAGGAAAUGAAUCGAAUUGCAGCUAGGAGAAAAUGCAACAGAGUAUCUGCGCAAAAAUCUCGUGAAAAGAAAAAACAGGAAACUCAGGAAAUAUUUCAAACAGUGAAAGAACAAGAACUUCGAAAGAAGGAUCUGGAGGCCAAGGUGUCUGAAAUGGAAUCAGAAAAAGCCAAAAUGCUGAAAAUCUUAAGUGAAUCAUUUUCACAACAGCAGCAGACAGUGAUAACACCGGUGGAUGUGAUGGGUCUCGUGAACUUUAUCCUUCAAAAUGGCGCUGUUGAUGGCCAAAUUCAGAGUGACAUUUCCUCAACAAAUAUACAGAAUCAAACAGAACCACCUACGCCAAAUACUUUCAAUGUUGCAGGAAUGAACUGCACUCAGACUACCUCAGACUUUAACAUACAAACCGGUGAAAGCUUCAGAGGUCACCUCUCUCAUGAACUUUGUGACCUUGAAGGUCGAGGGUCAGCAGAUUUAUCUUGUUCCGACUUCGAGAUGGUUCAGUGUUCCAACAAUUUUAUCUUCAAUCAUGAUUUUCUCGCUGACGAUUACUGACUUGUUCAUUUACACUAUACGAUGGAUUAUUUAAUCCAUUGCUCAUAUUAUUCACAGAGAAUUUUCUUUGUAUUUUAUUGAUUUGAUUAUUAAAAUGAAUGCCAAAAAUA